AAAAAAAAAAAAAUACAUAAAAUAAAAAAAUAUCAUUUUCACACCUCACAUUCUCUCACACUGUCACACUCACACCCUCAUACUCUAUCCUCCAAAACACAUUCUCUCCCUUUCCUCCCUCUCCUCUUUCAUUCUUCACAUCUUUGCAUAUCAAGUCUCUAAUACCCCCGCGCACCUCGCGUCGACCGUAAUGGUUACUACUUCUUUUACUUCCACUUCAGACACAAUUUCUUCUUCAAAAGCCGCUACAGUCGAUUCAUCUGAGCACUCUGACCAAAUUUUAUCGCCUACAAAAGCACCAUCAUCAUCAAUGUCCUCAACGCCAGCCAUGUCGACGAUAACAACGCCUGCAACAACAGCAACAACCCCAACUGCCUUAAUUCUUGCUCAGCACCCUAGAAAUCUUAUGUUAUUACCACCCGAGUGUCUCGCAUUAAUAGUCCAAUGGGUCGCUAUUCCAACAAUUCAAGAACUCUAUCCUCUGAUGUGUGUCAACAAAGCAUUCUUUGGUCUUGUUGUACCACUGCUCUAUCGAGACCCCUUCCGCCUGUCAGCCCGAUGGGUUUGGAAACGAUCAGUUUACAAAGGCGUGAUCGAGCGUCAGACGAAGCUGAUUCGGACUCUUCUUUUAUGCUGUACCAGAACUAUCAACAGGGUCACACCCAUUGUUGAUCCCCAGAUGGAAAAAAAAAGGCAUUCUAAAUACAGCAAUAGUGGUGAUAAUAAUAACAGUAACAACAACAACAGUAGUGUCAGUCGAAAGCUUCCAGGACCAUUGGGUCGAGCAAUCACAGUAGUACGGCGUAGUGAUAAAGACUUGCCAAACGAUUCCAUAGCAAUAGCAACAGCAACAACAAUGCCCACAUCGACAUCUAUCAUGAACAGAAAUGACAUAUCCGUCGUUAUCGCGGAGGCAUCUGUAAACCAACAACAACAGACAUAUUCUUCUGAUACAUCUCUGCGAGUAGAUGAAAGUGAAAGAGCUACUGUUUCUAUUCUUCCCGUCAUCCUUCCCAAUCCUCGUAUCAACGUCAGUGCACAUCAAUCCACCAGUGAUCGCUCCAUUCUCAAAUCUCUUUUCCACAAACUAGGCAACAGCUGUAGUGGGGAGUUAUCAUCAACUUCCUAUGCUAAAGGCAAUAAGAGGCUAUCAGCUCAACCACCAUCAUCAACACCUACCCAAACUCGGAUCGAGCAAAUUCCUAUUGUUUGGGAUGCUGAGAAUCAACGACCGGAGACGCGAAAGAUCCCGGGACUAGGGAGACCAAACACUUCCAAGCUCAAGUUCCCCCCUGAAUUGGCCAAAACCGUCAUCCGUCUCGCCAGUGAACCGCCGCCCAUGGUCAAUUAUUUGUCGUACGUUACUCACACAGACGUACGCUCUUGGUCUGCAGCCUCCAACAUGACUCUAGUCCAUCAAAUCCUUGGUGAUGCACGACCGUCCUGGCAUGCCCGUCUGCAAGAUUUGGUCAAGAAGACAUCAAAAAGAAUCAUGGGCAAACAUCCUACUUUCAAUCGACAAGGAGAGGCAGGAGACUUUGAUCAAAAUGGUGUCAAUUCAACCUUUAUAUCCGACACUCGCCAUGACUUGAUGGAUGACCUUGAAGAUGAUGAUGAGGAUGGAAUCAUGGACAUGACCUUUAGCCUUCGACACGGUGGGAGUAACAACGGAACUGGCUCUAAUGGUGGCAACACUGGUGGAGGGCGAUUCCGACGGUGGAGACGAGGUCGUACCAAGCGAAACAGAAAUCUUUGGGAUCUUCAGGAUGUUGAUUUUCUGGAGUUGGUCUUGCUAUUUUACACAUCAGCCAAGAUGGAGACACUUUCACUAGGUAUGAAUUGCUCGCACUGGUAUCAUCCAUCACUCAAUGUCCUCCUUCCGGGCAUUCCAGAGAGACUUUCAGGUCUUAGAAGGAUUGUGAUUGAUCAUGCGGACACGAUUAUGCACAAUACCGUGUCUGUGCCCCAAGUAUUUAUCCAACGCCACCAAAAGGCUUUCCCGGGUCAGUUGCGUGAGAUUCAAGUCCGCCAAUCGUACCAUUACUCAUACGACAUGUCCAAGUCAGUGCUGCAGAUCAUCAAGACGAUGGACCGGAUCGAGGUGCUGGAUCUUUCUAUCUGGACAGGAGUCUUCUCAGGAUUAGAGUCGAUCUGCACAGAUCAUCUACGGAAACUCCUGAUCUGCCAUCAUAUGGAUGUGCCUCGACCUGACAUGUUUGACGAAUUAGUGAAGCGAUGUCCGGUUCUUGAGGAACUAUCUAUCAUUGUGCCUCAUCCAAAGUUGUUUUCCUGGGCUGUCGAGAGGCGAAAUGCACUCAUGGGUAUCACAGGAUCAUCAUUGCCAAUGGCUUCGACCAUGAACGACGCUUUCGUUCCAACAACAAUGACUCGAUCGCGAAAAAAUUUGCUCUCGUCUCGGACAGCCUCACUUUGGUCAGAUAGGCAAGCAGAAGGAGGUCAUGGUGAGAUUAUCAAUUUGCCUCCGUUGAAGAGCCUGACCUUGUUUGGCCAUACACCCGAUGUGGUCGCUGCUUUUAAAGAUGUGAUCUACGCUUUCCAGGAUACAUUGGAAUCUAUCCAAGUCUCCAUGUAUUCGGAUAUUACUAAGCCACCGGAUGCUCAUUUUGAGGUUCCUCCGCCACACUUUGCCAUCACAGACGAUCCUCCACAAUCGACCUCGUUUUUUGGAAUCAGCCUUAUACAGGACCCUUUGCAGGUGAAUCACUAUAACACAGCACCCACAGGAUCACAAUCGACCCUCGAUCCCUUCAAUGCGCCCCCAGAGUUGUCUUCAAUGUGGCAUCAGGAGAUUCUGACGGGCAUCCAUGGUGCAGGUGGUACAGGUGGUACUGGUAAUAAUAACCUUCAGGAUUCAACAUCUUUCUCUGGUCCUUCUGCUUCAGGUCAUAUGGUUUCAAACAUUUGGACGACUCAUUCACCUUCAUUCCUAACUUGGAACUGGCCUUUGCCUCGCCUACGUACAAUGUCGCUCCGAGGUCCAGUUGUAGCUUAUUUUGACCUGCAGUUGCUCCGAUUCUGUCCGCAACUCACGGAUCUAGCUCUCUCAUAUCAUUGUUCACGUCUCCCUCGUUUGGUUUACCCGGGUACAGUUGCUGUGGCCGCCGCAGCCGCAGCUGUAUCCGCCACCGUAUCCACCACCUCUGGCUCCACAGCGAGUCCCGGAACAGGAUCAUCAUCGUCGCCAUCAUCAUCUUCGGCUUUGAGCUUUGGAAGCCUGGCUGGGUCCAGAAGUAGAGGAGCGUCCUUAUCAACAACUAAUAGCCCAUCUACUAUGGCUACUGAUUCCACCCUUAUUCCCACUGCUACCGCCGUGACAAUGACUCCGCCAGUUUCUCGAUUCCCAAAGAUCAUGGUGUGUGAUUCUUUGGCAUACAAGUGGGGGAUCCAUCUUCAAGAGGAGCAUCGCAGUCUUGUAAUUGUUUAAAUGCACUGAAAAAAGCUAUUUUGUUUUUAUUUUAUUCUUUUUGUU